AUGGUGCUUGUUUCAGAUAUGUUGGCGUGGUGGUGCGCCGUGAGAGAUGGUGGUUCAGAUCUGCCGGUGUGGUGGUGGUGCGGGGUUGUUGGUGCGGGAUGGUGGUUGGGGGUGAUGGUAAUGUCUGGUGGUUGCAGUGGAAGCGUGUGGUGGUUGCGGUGGAUGGGUUUUGUCCAACGGUGGUCUUGUGAUGGUUGUGGUUCAAGGCACAAGGAGGCGGCUAGGGUUCCACCACCACAAAACCCUAGGAAAGUCUUCAGAUCUUUAAUCCCAAAAAUCAUCUCAUCCAGGUGUCCAGUUGAAUUGACAGCCACCACUCGCCAUGACAACCACCUGGAACUGUCGCCGUUUGUUCGAAUCGCCUUCUUUCACUGUUCGACACAACCGCCGGCAACUAUCCAUUAUUUGAGUAUCCAUUGUGGUCGUUGCUGUUGCGAAGUCGCUCAAAGCCGCGAACUAGAAAGCGGCGGUUGGUUUCAGCAGCGUAGAGUCCAGCAAUCGACAUGUUCUAAAUCAUUUGUUUUGGAUUCGUCUCGCUCAACAAUUAAGAAAGUGGAUCCCCAAACGGCUGAGGCAAUAGACCAGUUUAUAGUAAAAUUAAAAGCGUGUGCAACAGGAAGUUCGUCUUUUACUUUCAUUCUUGAUGAUCCUGCUGGCAACAGUUUUGUAGAGAACCCGUUUGCUCCAUCCCCAGAUCCAUCAUUAAGUAUAGAGUUUUAUGAGCGAACUCGUGAGCAAGAUGCAUCAUUGGGCUAUGUCUUUGAAUCAUCAGAAUCAAGUGUUGAACCAUAUGGAUCAGUGGGAGCAGUGGCAGGCCGUCUAGCAAUAGCCCAAGGCAGUAGCCCGGAAUUUGCUGAAGCUUUGUUUCGCUAUAUAUAUGUGUCCAGUUGAAUUGACAGCCACCACUCGCCAUAACAACCACCUGGAACUGUCGCCGUUUGUUCGAAUCGCCUUCUUUCACUGUUCGACACAACCGCCGGCAACUAUCCAUUAUUUUAGAAAGUGGAUCCCAAGCGGCUUAGGCAAUAGACCAGUUUAUAGUAAAAUUAAAAGUGCGUGCAACAGGAAGUUCGUCUUUUACUUUCAUUCUUGAUGAUCCUGCUGGCAACAGUUUUGUAGAGAACCCGUUUGCUCCAUCCCCAGACCCAUCAUUAAGUAUAGAGUUUUAUGAGUGAACUCGUGAGCAAGAUGCAUCAUUGGGCUAUGUCUUUGAAUCAUCAGAAUCAAGUGUUGAAUCAUAUGGAUCAGUGGGAGAUUUUGUCUUGAUCUUUUUUGUAAAUAAAAUCAAGGGUGUUAUUGUAAAUUUAGAGUUGGGCCUCUCAUCGUAACCUUUAAAGGAAAGGUAAUGCGCCGAACUGGUUUGCAGGAUCAAGAAACGGUAGAAGCUUUGUCGUUUUUAUGCUCAUCGGUAGUAGACAUGUGUUAUGUGGCUUCAUAUUAUUAUUAUUUUACGACAUUCUUUGUCUUUCUUGUCCCGGCAGUAUUGGUUUUGUGCUUAUCGGAGCUGUGCGAGUCUCCUUCCGUGUUUCACAUCGUCUUAUGCUGGAUUUAUGUCUUCGAUCUUCGUGUUAGUCAAGUUAGGAUAAAGGACGGUUUAUAGCAUUGACGUUUGGAAAAGGUCCCUCGCAUUUUUUUCCGCUCAGGGCCUCCAAAAUGGUCAGGCUGGUGAUGAUGAGAACAAUUCGUUUCAUUCAUGGAUGAUAAAUUGAUAUUGUAUCAUGCUGCUGUGAUCAGGCGUAAGCCGGACUUUCAUCUCCUCAUGGGAGUUAUUGAAGGUUGUUGGCACUUGGCUGGAGCUUUGAUCGUCAAGGCAUUUGUUGUUGAAAUUGUAUUUUGAAAGACAAUAAUGCAAGUUCAAAACAGGAGCUGUAGAAUAAUUUGAGGACUUUGGGUUGUUUGUUCCAUUAUAGGUUUUCAUUAGUCAGUAAUUACCUUAUUAGCUUUU